AUGGUUCGUGCACAGCAGCCAAUUGAUGGCCCAGCCGACUAUCCAGCUAUCGACAAGCGAGAGCAAACCGGUCUGCUCACACGCUUUGUUCCCGACAAACUCAAGAACACCUCCUUCUACCGUUGGCUGUUGCGCCUUACCCGCGUCUUGCAGUUUAUCUCGUCCGUUGUCUCUCUUGGCAUCUUCAGUCAGCGCCUGUACAAGGUCUACCGCCUCGUCAACAGUAUCAAGACGCGCCGCGGCGUAAACGGUGCCUAUGGCGCUGUUGAAGGCAUCCUUGCUGCCGCUGUGUUGUACACCCUAAUCACUACGUUACUGUCCUGCAUCAAGAAGUCCGCCAACCCUGGAGGUAGAGCGCUGAGGUGGAUCUGGGUACUUCUCGACCUGCUCUUUGUCGGUGCAUUCAUCGCUGUCGCUGUCUUGACGCGUCCGAAUGGAGGCCUCGCCGGUGCCAGGCACUGUUACAACCCUAGGCGUCUUGUAAACGGCGCAAACCCCAGCACCAUUACUGGCGAGACUGCGAGCCGUGAUGACUCUUGCAACUUACCCUGGGGUACAUUCAUCUUGGCCAUCAUCAGCACGCUCCUGCACGCCAUUACCGCCUCUUUCCACGAGAUUAAGGAUCAUCGCCGAAGGAACAGGCUCGAGCAGGAGAAGGUCGCUCAGCAACAAAACGGGAUGGCAGCCGAUGGCGUUCGCUAUUAA